AUGGUGUUCCGGGACAAUGACAAGCAAGAGAUCCGGCGCCAGCGAGAAGCUGAUUCGCGAGAACAACAAAACGUCGACUGUCUCGAUAGUAUGACGCUACAAAUCCUACGUAAAUAUCGAAAAAGACUGGAACCUUCAGGGUAUCAAUCAUUACCAGACCUAUGGCCAGACCUAAAGGAACUGAUUGAUGCAUCCUUACAACUGCCAUCCUGGCAGGCCAUUCAACGGCUAUUAAACCAAACAAGCUACUUUUACGAGUUCUGUCAUGGUUACCGCGCAGACACGGAGCAAGUUGAGUACCAAGAAUAUUUCAAACAUCUGGAAGACGCAUGGAUACAUCUUUUUGGACAAGAGGAUCUUGCAAUGACGGAUCGGAUUAGAGCGCUGAACGUGUUACGGGAUGGGCAUCAGCUUGCUGCAGAGGAAUUUGGUAUUCCAAACGCGUUGAAUCGAGCUUUGGAAGCAGGUGUCAUCCAACAACAGCAAUAA